GGUCUGCAUCGGCUUUGCCUGGAUCUGCAAAGCGCAACACACCGCCGGCUCUUGAGGGCGAUCAAACACCCCAGCACAACCAACACAGCCAGUGCAGACGACGCACCUUGCCUUCGCCAUGACCACCCCGUUGACCAGAGGCGGAAUCCAGAGUAUUCUAUCCGCAGCACCAGGAACCCCAAUGCCUGCUGGCGUUGUGGUCCAGCUCCUGUCGAUCCGGAAGGCCGCCGCCUCUCAGACGCAGUCGAUCGAUCGCUACAGACUUUCGAUCACCGAUGGUGCUUCGGCGGGCGUUGGCAUGCUGAGCACCCAGUUGAAUUACAUGAUCGAGAGAGAGCUGAUCUCCAAGGGUUCUAUCUUGCGCCUCGACAAGAUGGUUUGCAACAAGAUCGGCGAUAAAAAAAUCAUCAUCAUCAUUGAGUGCCAGGCCCUUACGGCGCCUGGAGAAACGAUCCCGCUGCAAUACUACCCCGGUGCCAUGGAUGCUAUGAUGAACGACUCUCCGGCCAACCAAGGCGCAAGGCCAGUCCCUGUCUCGGCUCCAGUGGCAGCUUCGGCUUCGGCUUCGGCUCCGGCUCCGGCUCCGGUGCAGCGGGCACCUCCUGCAGCUGGUCCUAUGGGCUAUGACAAUACGGGCAGCACCUUUGCUCAGCGGCCCAGACAACCACCUGCCCAAAAAUUCCAGAGCAAUGCAGUGUCGCAUGGUCGUACCAAUGACCCUGCCUUCCCGAUCUCGAGCCUGAGCCCCUACCAAAACAGAUGGACCAUCCGUGCUCGCGCUAUUGACAAAGGCGAUAUUCGUUCCUGGAGCAAGAACGGAAAGCAAGGAACGCUCUUCAGCGUGACUUUUGUUGAUGACUCGGGCGAAAUCAGAGCCACCGCGUUCUCGGAGCAAGCUGUCGCGUUCCAUGCCAAGAUUGAGGAAGGAAAGGUUUAUAAUGUCUCCAAAUGCACGGUCCGACCUGCCAAGAAGCAGUUCUCAACCGUGCAGAACGAAUACGAGCUUUACAUGGAUUCAAACGCCAUAGUUGAUCUGUGCACCGACAGCGUCGCUGUUCCGAUCAUCCGCCUAAAUUUGGUCAAGCUCGGCGCGCUCAACAGUAUCCAAAAGGACGGCAUAGCGGAUAUCUUGGGAGUUGUCACAGACCUCGGCUCAGUGGCAACCAUCACCUCGAAGAAUAGCAACAAGGAUAUCACCAAGCGCGAUAUCACACUUGUGGACGACAGUGGAUAUUCCGUGCGCUGCACAUUGUGGGGCCAGCAGGCCGAGGCCUUUUCUGCCAACCAUGGCUCGGUUGUUCUCAUCAAGGCAGCCAAAGUCAGCGAUUGGGGCGGCCGGACUCUGUCGGCUUCCUUCAAUUCGACGAUCAUGGUCGAUCCUAACAUAUCCGAGACAAGCGCUCUGCAAAGCUGGUAUGCUUUGGAGGGCCAAGGCUUUUCUUUCAAAUCCUACGAUCACACGGCCGGAGCCUCAAGCUCGGGAAGUGAUAUCAUCUCCGGCCGCUUGCAGACCUGCGAAGAGAUCAAAGCAGCGGAGGCAUCCAUCUCGCAAGGCGAUACACAGGGCGUGAUCUUCGCGAUCCAAGCGACAAUUACCUUCAUCAAAACCGACGGCAAUGUCGGCUAUCCUGCCUGUACGAAGCCAAGAUGCAACAAGAAACUUACUACUGAAGGAGGAGACUGGAGAUGCUCUGCCUGCAACGAGAUCUAUUCGGAGCCAACCUACAGAUAUAUCUUGCCCCUCACCGUGGCGGACUACACCGGCAACAUGUGGGUGCAGGCGUUCAACGAGGUGGCCGUGCGCAUCGUGGAUCGAUCGGCAAACGAACUCCAACAGGCCACCGUCGAAGAGCGCCCCAACCUCAUUCGCUCGUCGAUGUUCAAAACGUUCAACAUGAAGAUCCGGGCCAAGUCCGACGUGUAUCAGGGCGAGACAAAGAUCCGCUAUGCAAUCCAAAGCGCUGUCCCCCUCGACUAUGCGAACGAGUCCAAGCGACUCUUGGGCGUCAUCCGCACGCUCUUGUGAGUGGCAGCAGCUCAUGCAGCGCUGCACCACGUUUCGGCGACCCUGGGCAGCUCCACCGAUGCUUUGAAAUCCCGUCGCUGCCGCUGUGCCCACCGGCAUUGAGCUGAAUGUUCCGUGGCAAUUUGAAUAUGAACACGGCUGAUCGACUCGA